CCUGCAGCUGGCCAAGGGGAGGGGAGAUGCAGGGAUUCCCACGAUGCCUCUCUGCAAACAGCAUGGGGACACUGUGGGGACACUCCUUUCUAGCCGCGAUCUGAUGAGUUUGCAGAGAGCAAACUGAAGGUGUCUGGACCCAUCUGAACCCUUCUUUCCCACUGUCAGCCUGCAGUGAGUGCUGACUGUGCUGGGAUGCUGUGACUUCUCCAGCAUUCCCCAGGCUUCUGGAAAAGAGGGUCCCCUUUAUCAUCUUCACAUGGUCUCUGUGUCCCACAGUUUCCACUUUCAGCAGGGGACAUGUCUCUGCUCCUGUUGACGUUCUGCAGAAACGCUCAUUUCCAAGAUGGAGGGAGAAGAGAUGGAGACCCUGGCCAAUGAAGAGGAGGAGAGGAGUGAAAGAGCUGAUUUCACCCUGGACCCGAACACCGCCAACCCCUUCCUGCUCCUGGCUGACGAUGGGCGAGAUGUGAGACGUGGGGAGGUGUGGGCAUCACUGCCCGAUGGCCCCGAGCGCUUCGGCACGGAGCCGUGCGUGCUGGGAGACCGCGGCUUCUCCUCGGGGCAGCACUGCUGGGAGGUGGAGGUGGCCGACGGUGGUGACUGGUGGGCGGUAGGGGUGGCCCAGCACUCCGUCAGGAGGAAGGGGGUCCUCAGUUUUACCCCCCAGGAGGGGAUCUGGGCUGUGGGGCAGUGGUUUGGGCAGUACUACGCUUUCACCUGCCCUGACUGGACAGCCCUGCGCCUUGCCCAGCUGCCCAGGGCCAUCCGGGUCUCCUUGGACUUUGGGGGCGGGCAAGUGGUAUUUGUUGAUGCUGAAAGCAAAGACCAGAUCUUUGCCUUCUGCCUGGCCUCAUGUCCCGAGGAGAUGCUAUACCCGUGGCUUUGGGUGGGAAAGGACUCAUGGCUGAAGCUGUGCCCCUGAUGUGGAGGGAGAAUGGAGGGCAGGGGCAAAACUGGAAAGAAGGAAACCAUCAGCCUGGCUCUCAGUGCGGGGCACUGCGAGAGCUGCACAUCCUCACUGGUUGGUGAUUCCUCACGUGGUCCCUCUGGCCACCAAGCAGAAGGUCAGUGAUGGAUGGGGAACUGGAAGGUCUUGGGGAUGGAUGCCACACAGGAGCUUCUCCACCCCCCUCCUCCCCACAGCAGGGGAGGCACCGAGGAGAUCACUGCAAGGGGACCCUGGGACUGAGAGGUGGGACUGCGCAUCGGCUCUGUGCGUGGCCAUGAGAAAUACAGCAGAUCCAAAGGCCUUGAAAGCUGCUGAGCGCCAUGUCUGUUUUUUUUCAGAUAAGCUCAAUGGUGAAGUAAAAAAUGUAAGAACACAGCUGGGUGCUGGAGCUCAUGAUAACACUUAUCUUCUCCAUGCAUCUGAACCCUCUCUCUCUCGGCCUUAUUUCCAGCUCUCACUGAUGUGCAUUGGGCACACUUGUCUUCCUCCACACUGCUUGCAGCAGGGCACUGGGAAAAGCUGUAGGGAUGGGCAGGGAAAGUGCGGCAGAAACGGAGGUGUCCAAAGUCCAUAGGCCAGAUCACUCCCGUGGACUUGCCAUGCUUGGAUCUCCAUCCUCCCUCCAGCUUGGUUUCCUUUUCCUCCUUCAGUCUUUCAGCUGUUCAAACACACACUGAAACAACCCAAUUCAGCCUCUCCCAGGAAUACACCUGGAGCAAUUUGCUCAGGGAAAUUCUACCCCUAGAAGCUGAUCUGUUACAGUUCCUUUACCAGAAGCAGUCAAGGCAGAUAUGCAUCAGGAAGUUGAACUUCCUUCAUGGUUUGCCAGGAAUUUACUGUUGGGAUCCAAGAAAACCAAUUAAUAUCAGGAGAGGAUUGCUGAAGAUGCACGCAUACCACGCAGCAGCCGGUUUGUUUCUUUCCCUUCUUUGCCUGUCAGGAAAUAAAGGAUGUGAGCAGUGCAUCCCUGAUAUGUGAGCAAUCUGCCUUUUUUGCUGGGCAGAAAUCUUUGCAAUCCCAAAGCAACAUCACGAUAAAAGGGAAAAAGCAGCACGUAUCUGUCCAGAACAUCACCAGCAUCCCAGAGAGGAGAUAAACAGGAGUCUGUUUUUGUGAGAUCCUGGGCAGCAAAGCUCUCACACACACCAGCAAUUUUGGCGCGAUAAAACGAGGGGGGAAGUUUCUCGUGUAUGUCUGCUGUUUAGAAUAAUACAGAAUAAUAAACUGAGUGUUUGAAAGAGGCCUUCCCCCAAA